UUCUCUCAACUGAGUUUUAUUGAUAAAAUUUUACAAGCCCAACAAGGCAGCCCAAUUACAACAACAAAAGCUUACAAAGAAGCCCAAGCAAAAUACCAAAGAAGAAGAUAUGCUUCAAAGGACGUGUCUAACGAUACAGAUGAGUAAGUGGACACGUGUUGUUCCACUAACCUCCGUCGCAAGAGCCCAACUACGGUGAAUUGAUCGUCGCCGGAAAACCAAUCCUAACAACGAAACU